GCCCAUAAAAAACCUUCCACCACCGUUUUUACUUUAUUUUUUUUUAUAAUGGUGGCUAUGGGAUCUCCGUCGUUUCUCCGUCGUGUUUCUCACCGCCGAUUUUAAUCACACUUUCCUCUCCGCCGAAUUAUUCGGUGAACCUGUCGGGAAACACCGACCUUAGUCCAAUUAGGGUUUAUCUGAGAAGAAAUAAAAAAAAAAGGACAUUGGGUAUGGAGUCGAAGGAAUCGAAGGUAGAAGUGGAUGAAUCAGUCAAUAAAGAGAUGAGGGCAUUUCCGAAAGAUAUCGAAGAGAAGGCUAUGCCGUGUAGUAGUAACUUCGAGGACCAGAGUUUCUACAAUGUAGAAGAAGAUCUCACUGAGGAUCAUUGUGUUGGUGGUGCUGAUGCUUCUUGUACCAAAGAGCCCGACGAGGAUCAGUGUGUUGGUGGUGGUGAUGCUUAUGGUACCAAAGAUGCCGAAGAGGAAGGCGACCAGGUUGAUAUACUGGAAUGCACGGGUUUUGAUGAUAACAACGAGCUUCAGGACUCAGAAUGCAAUGAUGGGACUGAUGCGUAUUCAAGCUCUUUUAGUGGAACGGUUUCUGAAAAUGAGAAUGAAUCAGCUUUGAAUGAUCAAGAAGCUGAUUCCAUGAUGAUUCCUACUGAUACUUCUCUACCGUUCUGGGUGAGAAAGAAGAAGCUGACUGAUCAUUGGAGGAGGUUUAUACGGCCUAUCAUGUGGCGGUGCAAAUGGGUUGAACUCAAAAUCAAAGAGAUUCAGAAGCAAGCACAGAUGUACGACAAAGAACUCCAAGAAACUUGCCAAGCCAAGCAGCUGGAGUUAGAGAGUCUCAAACCAGAAGAACUUGGAGUGAAGGCAUCGUCUCCUCUUCCAUGUCAUACUCAGAAAACCCCACUCAAGAAGAGGCAAAAGAGAAUUCGAAUCGAAGAAGCGUCGGAUCUUCCAUCCUAUGCAUCAAACCAUAACAUCUUCUCUUAUAACGAAUGCCGGAAAUCUUUCGCCGAUGUUGCUCUCAUCGAUAACUCCCGCAACCUAGAUAAAAAGAAUAAGAACUCUAAGGAAGAGGCAGUUUUCUGUGAAGAGGCACCGCCUCUGGAGUUAAGAGAAGGCGAUGCGUGCUUGGAGCAGAUACUUUUGAAGAUUGAAGCAGCAAAGCUGGAAGUCCGUAACUUGAAGAACCGAGUAGACAAGGUGGUGAAUGAAAACCCAAACAGGUUCUCUUCGGCUAACACAUUGAAGCUGCCUGGAUCUGCUGCUGUAUUGACCAGCUCGGAGCAACAAAAGCCCCAACUGGUUAUCAAAAACGAAGAUGAGGAACAGGUCACUCGUGAAGAAAAACCUGUUAAGGCUGCUUCAGUUUCAUCUCAUCACGACACACAACCUGAAGGCGGCGAGGGGACAGAUAUCUUAUUGUCUGAAAUUGUGGCUUCAAGGCGAAGAGAAGGAAAAGCUGUUGUUCCUGAUAAGAAGCUUCAGGAGUCAGAGCAAGCUUCUGUUGAGGAAGGUCCAUCAAGACCUGCAAGAAAACGAACACCACGUAAUCUUGACGUGGUGGUAAAGGAAGAGACUAACCCAAAGAGACGUAAAGUUUCAAGAGAGAAGCCAAAGUCAAAUGUGAUGGCUUCUAGGUGUAAGGUUCCCAAUAGGAAGAGGAAGCGAGGCAAAAGAAGGUCAGGCUCUGCUGGACUAAGAAGAAAAUCCUAAAAAAGCUCUGGAAAGUUUCAAGAAACAAACAAGAUCCUGGGUUAUAAGAUUAAAGUGUUGUUCAUUCUAAAGCUUCAUCCUUGAAGAAGUACAGAGAGAUACAUAUAUAUAGAGUCGCAGCGUGUUGAUUCUUCGUGUUAAAAUCUCAUCAUUAACUCUAUUCAAACUCAUGAUAUGUUGUUAAUGUAUUUCUGAUGUUGUUUAUGGAUUUCUAAAUAAAUGUAGAAAAUCUUCUCUUAAAGUGGAUUCGAUCCAAAACUUCGUGUUUUACUGUUUUCUUUUCAAAGUGAAUUAAAGUC